ACGAGGAUUUCUUCUUCUUCCUCUCACCUUCUCCUCCUCCUCCGCCGGAGUUUCGAGAGUCAUCCUGCUAUGGCGAGCGAAGAAGACAAAGCUCUAGAAAAUCUUCUUGACAUUCAACUCAAAGACCAGAGAGAAUCGCUUUCCGCCAUUGACGAAGCCCUAGCCUCUGACCCAUCUAAUCCCGAGCUCCUCUCGGUCCAUGAAGAACUUCUCAGCGCAAUCAAGGAUGCAGAGGAAGGGCUUUUGCACUUAAAACGUGCUCGGUUAUUGCAGGAAGCUGACAUUGUGCUGCAUGGUCUUACUCAUAAUGUUGGAAUCAAAGCUGAGAACGUAGAUCCUCUUGCAAAUGAAUUGGAGCCAGAAAAAACCGAAGAGAAAAAGGAUUCGGAUGGAUCGAAAUGCAGAUUCCGGCACACUGAUGGCCGUUGGUAUAAUGGUCGCAUUAUAGGCUUUGAAGGCUCUGAUUCCGCAAAGAUCUCUUUCCUUACACCCACAUCUGAGAGUAUGAUGAUGUGCAAGUUUUUCAUGCAACAGAGGUGUCGGUUUGGCAGUUCCUGUCGUUCAUCACAUGGACUUGAUGUGCCGUUAUCUUCUCUGAAGAACUAUGACCCUACUGAGUGGAAGCAAUCGAUGGUAGGCUCCAAGAUUUGGGCAGUUUCCGGCAGUAAAUACGACAUAUGGAGGGUGGCUGAACUUGAAUCAUGGGACGAUGAGCUAAAAGUAGGCGGAGUUGUUUUCAAAGGUGAUGGAAGCUCCGCUAAGCUAGGCUCUGAUGCGAUUGCGUUAUCAGAGUACGCUCAGAUGACUGAUGAUGAUGGGGAAGAAGAUGAGCAAUAUGAAGAAGAAGGGAGUGAUUCAGGCUCUGAAGAAUCUGGUUCAAGUGACUGCGAUGAAGAGUUUCCAGAAGGCAUAGGCUUUCUAGAAAGCACAAAUCAACGGAGAGGCGUCCAAACUGACACAGCUAUAUUUGCUAAAUGGGAGAAUCACACCAGAGGAAUUGCUUCUAAGAUGAUGGCAAGUAUGGGUUACCGUGAAGGGAUGGGACUUGGCGCAUCUGGCCAAGGGAUAGUAGACCCAAUCUUAGUAAAAGUACUUCCACCAAAACGGUCACUGGAUCACGCUCUUGAGCAUAUUAAGAACGGAGUAGAGAAAAGCGAGAAACCAAAGAAGAAAAGGAGCAGAGGUGGGAAAAGGAAGCGUGAGAAGAAGUUUGCAGAAGCAGCUAGAGCCGCAAAACAGGAAGAGGAAUCGAAGCAAGAUUUGUUUAGCCUAAUCAACAACCAACUUUGUACUUCGCACCAUGAGAAAGUAAAUGGCAGAGAGUCUGUGAAAAAGAGGCAGAACAAAGGUCCAGUAGACAGGAAAGCUCUGGUUGCGUACGAAGAAGAAGUCAAGGAGUUGAAGUUACAAGCAAUGAAACUAGAAGCGAUGGUGAAGAGAAACAAAAAUGAUCAAAUUGUUUCAGAUGCUGCGACAAGGAGAUUGAACGAAGUCCGUAAGGCAUUGGCUUGUACAAUGGCAGCUCAAGCAUCUGCCUCCAAAGAUGUAGAAAGCAAAGAGAAAGAGAAGAAAUGGCUCAAGUUUUAGAACAUAGAACCUUGAAUCAGUUAACUGUAUUACAUGGGAACCUGAUGAAUUAUAAUGCGUUUACAACCAAAACGGGUAUUUCAU